AUGGAUACUGACAGGGUUCUAAAAGACCAACAACACAUCGAUAGGUUGGACGAUCUACAAGCAGUUCAUGGAGACUUUAGAAAGGAACAUAGAAAUCUAAUCUUCGAAAAGGAUUUUCUAAAGUUUGAUCCAAAGAUGCCUGAUGUCGAUGUCUUUAUCACCAACAUAAAGACAUACAUCCAGACAUCACAAUACCCGACAAGUCCUUUUUAUAUAUACCUGUUGGCACGUAGAAUCUUCCCAGCUGAGUACCACAAAGGGCUAAAUCUGAACAACCGUGAGGGAAUGACCUUGAAGGAACUAUGUACUGCCAUCCGUCACAAGUGCACAAGCAAACCUCUCAUUGAAUACAAGAAAGACUUUGAGAAUCUCGUUCAAGGAAACAUGUCAGUAGUGGAGUAUAUGACAGCGUUCAACAACUUGGAGAUCUAUUGUUGCGAACUCAAUACAGCAGGACUCCAAAGGAAGUUCUUAGAAGGUCUACGAAAGGAUAUAUUUCUCUUCUUUCAGAGACCGUCCAAAUACAAGGCAGAUACCAAUAGUGAUAUUGCCGAUUCAAUCGACCAAUGGACACCAUCUUUCAGUUAUCCACCAAACCAAAUGAAAUCAUUUAAUCACACAUUCGCGACGCUUGUGUUGAAAACCCGCAACAUCAUCCAACCAGUUGCUGCUCUCUAUUUGACUGCAUUACAAGAUGUGCGUAACAUCGAUUCUAAGAAGAAGCUUGACUUCCUUAAUCAUUAUGUUGUUAUAACUGAUUAG